UUAGAAAGAGAGUGGAGCAAACAGGGCGAAGGGUGAAAGAAUUAGAGGGAAGCGAACGGAGUGGAGGGGAAUGAGGCGUGCAGGGAGAAAAGGCAUCAGUGCGAAGAGAGAGAUUAAAGGAUGUCCGAGAGGUAUUGCAAAAGCCCUCUGGAGGUCCUGCUGGCUUCUCCCCCCACCCCCAUUGCUCCUCUUGUGAGUUUUGGACCAAAGGUGCCUGAUGUGGGUGCAAAGUGAGGUGAAAGGAGUUGGGAGUUUUGUGUCUUUUCUUGAAACUUGAUACAAGGAAGGAAAGACACUGUGGAUGUUUCUGCCGUGGAAGAAGGUUCUCGGUUAAAUCGCUGCGCCGUUCACGUAAUGGCUUCAGGAAAAACGCAUGGAAAUUAAAAGACUUUAAAUCCUGCUCUUCAAAUCCACAACGCCGGGAGAGGCCUUGAAAGAAGACAGAUUGCGCUCUGUUGGAACCUGUUGUUUGAAGGGCGCUUUAGAAAGAAGACUACUAAACCGCAAAGCUGGGUCUCCACAGCAAGAUGAGUUUGGCUCUGGAGGUGUGUCGGGAAGGCUCCGAAACACUGCUGCAUGGGGAAUUUGGGGCUUAUCCCCCCAAAGGGACGCGGUUUGUCCUCAGCCUCACAUGGACAGAGCUCCACAUUCAGCGCCUGGUGCCAAAGCCGGACUCGGACCACCGGACAGUGGUGCACCUGGUUGAUGUGGUGGGGUGUCACACUCUGCGGAGUCAUGCACUCACCGAUCAGUCGGCUUACUUCUGUGUCUACACUUACCCGCUGAAGAAACGGAAAGUAGCAGUGGGCUCCGGCCGGGCACGGCAGCGGACUGCAAGGACCUUCCAGGUGGAUGGUGCCGCAUGCUACACGGGCAACCAAGAGACAGCAGAGAAAUGGGCAGCUGCCAUCAAAUGCCUGGUGAUGGGGAUUCCAAUCUCAAGUGAGACAGAGAUCACCUGCAGCCUCUUGCCACGCCCCCGCCGUUUGCUGCUGCUGCUAAACCCUUUCGGGGGCAAGGGAAAUGCCCUGCAAUGGUGCCAGACCCACAUCCUACCCAUGAUCACCGAAGCUGACAUCAGCUUCAACUUGAUCCAGACAGGCGGAGUCCGGGGCCCCUCCGGCUCCCCGCUGCCUAACCUGCCGGCGCGGCGCUGGGCUGGGACAUCCAGGGAGGCGGCGGCGGCCCUCUCCGCGGGCGGCAGCGGCAGCCGGUCCGGCCUCACACCGCAGCCCCACGUGCCCGCGGGCCCCGCCCUGCGCCGAGCCAGCAAAGCCAGGGAGGCGGCAGGAGGCCAGCUGGCAGCGGAGCCCGGGCGGGCAGGCAGGCAGGGAGGGAGGGCCAGCCCCGCCCCGCGACAUGUGCGCGCAGAAGCAGGGCGAGGAACGUGA